UCUGCUCAUUCUGAUAUUAAAGAUAACUUCAGCAGAUUUCAGCAAAGCUCAGAAAAGCCAGCUCAUCUGGUUUAACUUCUUGAGUGAUACGUAACUUUGUAAUUAAGUCAGACACAUUUUAAGAAAUUCAUCAGGUCGGAUAAGAAAUCAAAAUAACUUUCAGGUUCGUUUUAUUUUUGUUAAAUUGGUAAACUCUUUAAGGAAAUAACUUUAAGAUUUCUGUCGUUGCUAUUUCUGAUUCCGUUAACGCGUGUUGCCUCGUUGCUUUUCGUGCCUUUAAUGGCUCGUGUGUGGCUUUGAUUGGUUAAAUUAGACGCAUUAAUUAAACGUGACGCCGCAGCUGGUGCGCAACUACCGCUCCGCGCGCGCAAACUCUCCUGCGUUGCUCUCUAGCGGUCAGAGCAGCGGAGUUUUGUGUCUAGUUAUCAAAGCUGUGAAAAUUCACACAUUUUGUCCCAUCUGUGGAGAAAUUAGCUCCCACUGCUUUUGUUUAUUUUGGCUGCAGCAUUUUAAAAUAAUAAACGAUACGUUUGUAGUCACGUGGGCGCAGAUCCGGAGACUUCUUGAUCAUGGAAAACGCAAAGUUUAUGCAAACUGACAGCCGGCUGCACCAAAGGCAAGAGGAGAUGUUCCACACUUGGUCUGCUGGUGUUCCACCUCCCAUUUGUCUCCCUGAGGUCCAACAUUGUCUCAUUUCUUGGGCUGUGACCAACUCCACCCCCACCCCACUAUAGCAUAAGUAUCAAUAAAGAGCAUUUUCCUGCUCUGCCCACGCAGACUUUAUCACUGAGGGCCUCCAGAUGUGCUGGGUGACUAACUCAGUAAGUGAUAACUGGAAUAUUCCAUGUUUCUCUGGCCAGGACGCCUGAAACUGUCUGUGAUUUACAAUAAUAGCCCUUCGGAGUGGUGUUUUUAUCCAUGCCACCUGGAAGCUCUCUCCUCUGGUUGGCUUCAGACCACAGCUUGUGUUUGACCAAAGUUCCUGCUGAGUUUGUUUCUAAACACUCUGGAUAUUUUUUUAAAUGUUCUGUUACUUUCAGGGUUGUCCAUCUUUACUUGUGUUUUGUGAAAUUAGAGCGACCCGGUGCAAUAAAAUGGGUUCAGGCUGAAAUGAAGUUUCAAAUCUGAAUCCUGAAGUACUGGUCCAUGAUGGGAUUUCCUCCCACUUUGGGAUGGCAGCAGAGUCAAACGAGAAGCGAACCCCCAACACCUCCCCAUUGACGCUCACUCAGAAGAGACUCUUUUCUGUUCUUCGGUGAAUCCAAACUUCCUCCACGGAUACAGAUAUCUACACUCGUUCAGAUAUAUCCGGGAGGAUGGAGGGAUUAGUUGGUGAGGAGUUCAGGCCGUAAAGAGGAAAAAGGGGGGCAAUAGAGUGAGUGGAGAGUCAAUGACCACGAGGUUAACAUGCCAGAAUUACAAUGACACAGACAGAGCCCAAGUCCUGAACUUCCUGUGUGUGAUGAUGCCCCCAACUGGAAUGAAGGUCUAGGCACAGACGGCGUGUGCUUCAUGAAUUAUCAGCUGUCGUUUUAGUCAUCCCUUUUCUCUGAAUCAUCUUUGCUCUUGAAGAUCUGCUGGUAUCACACAUGAUUUUGUUAGCGGCUGUCUGUCUGAGGUGUGUUUGGUGCGCGGCGAAGGGCAGGCCCGAAUUCCUGCAUCUGAGGUUUCUGUGAAUCGGGCCAGCUUGGCAGGAACACGUGUGGGCAAACGGACAACGCUUGCAAAGUCAGUCAAGACAUUUCAAACAAAGUGUUUCUGAUCUAUGGUGCACUGGCAGCUAAACCGUGAGCUGGAAAACACAGCAAGUGCAAGCCGCUGAGAUGCCAAGACGGCAGAGAAAGAGCAGAUUCUUGGGUGCGUACAUGAGUUGUUUUAACUCACCUACCAUCUGUGACUACUGAAAGGUUUUUUUUAAAACACCACUGGAGAAAAGAGUAGAUGCAACAACGAUAUGUAAGAAUCUGAAACAUACCACAGAGUUUACCGUUGCAGGUUUGUCUGACACAUGUUGGUACCUGAGUUCAUCUUUAUGAACCAACAGUCAUCAGAAGCUGUGUGGCGAUGCUCUAUGGUGGGUGUGAUGUUAGAGCAUCUCUUCCAAACAGGAGCAGAGUCUUCCACAGGGCUGCAAACACUUUUCACUUCUACUGUUUUUGUAACUGAAAAGUGUUGAAUGAGAUGUUUUCCUGGAGCUUUUUUGCCAUAUUGCUUGAAAUUUUCUUCACAUACUGAUUUCAAAAUGAAACUUUCUGUUAAAAUGACUCAUUUUAAUCAUACAAUCCUGGAAAAACCUCGUCCCAUCAUGGCGAAAGCCUCGUCCAUCCUUCAAACUGCCCUCUGACCCGCCCUCACCCCUCUGUACGUAACCUUAUUUGUGCACAAAUCACACAUUCUCAACUUGGAGCAGCUGAACAGGAAGCAAAGCCAGAGUUGGGCUGCUUAGUUUAUUGGAUGGAAUGCUCCACUCUGCACAUUUCGUUUAAGGAGACCAGCUAGCGUAUGGUCGUGUUCUUGUUGGGAAAUGCUUAGGCGGUGGACCUGUAUUCUGUGAACGCAGCCUGUUCUCUGUCGGCCGGCAGAGGUGUGUAUCUAACGUGCUGGUUUGUUAUGCCUCGCCCUCCGGAGAGCAGAGGGAGGAGAGCCAGGCUUGAGGAAGUUGGAGUCGAGUUCCGGUACGUAGUAUGUGGCUCUUUCUAAGAUUGUAAACUCCACCUCUAAAUGUUUCAGAUCAGAGAUAACCUGAGUAAAAACGCUGAUUUCAUUUGUUAAUGAGAAAACAUCUAAACCAAGCCGUUUGAUGCAGUAUUGACCCCCUUGUUGAAUCAUGAAUUAAUUGUGUUUGAUUGGAAAGCUGACUCCAGUUUCUCCAGCCACACCCAGGCUUGAUUACUGGCAUACUCGCAAAUGGGCCAGCGACUUGUGUCUUGAAACCUUGGAAUACUAGAGUUUUACUAUUUAGGUACGGUGAUUAAGAGUCUAAAUCUUUCUUAUUGGAGCGCUAAUCCAGUGAUGACGGGUGCAAGCUCAGCGUGCCAGCAGAGUGGCUGUCUGACCUGCUCCGACUACAACGGCUGUCUGUCCUGCAGGCCACGCUUAUUCAUGCAUUUGGAGAGGAUCGGGAUGAAGCAGAUCGGGGUGUGCAUGACUUCCUGUCCUCCUGGCUUUCAUGGCAAUCGCUCCCCAGAGAGAAGCACCUGCACAAAGUGCAGGUCGGAGUGCGACUCCUGCUUCACCAAGAACUUCUGCACGCGCUGCCGGACGGGAUUCUACCUUCACCUGGGCAAGUGCCAGGAGAGCUGCCCAGACGGCAUGGUCCACAGCGAUGCCCAGCGAGAGUGUGUUCCCGGGUGCCCUGCAGAGUGUGAGUCGUGUGUGAACAGUGAAUCAUGUACACGGUGCCGGCCAGGUCUUUACCAGCUGAGCGGAAGGUGCUACCACGUCUGUCCAGAUGACUAUGAGCCCAAUGAGGAACUCAUGGAGUGCACACCACAGGUGCACUGUGAGGUGGGCGAGUGGAGCGAAUGGAGCCCCUGCUCCAAGUCCGGAAGAACUUGUGGCUUCAAACGAGGCCAGGAGACCCGGACCCGGCAGGUCCUGCAGUAUCCGUCACCUUUUGGCAAACCCUGCCCAGACAUCUCUGAGAUCAAAGAGUGUCUAGUCAAAAGGAGGAAAUGCCCAGGAGGACGGAGAAAGACUGAGCGAAAUGGCAGGAGUCGCAACAACCGUAAAGACAAGGAGAGCCAGGAGGUGCGGCGGGAGAGGAAGAGAGAAAGGGAGCGGGACAGGGAUGUGGGAGAACGGGAAGACUCGGAUAACAGGAACAAAACUGAGCACCGGCACCGCCGAGGCCACAACACAGAGACCGUGUCCCCCGAAGACAGGCCUGUGCAGUAAUGCUCAGGACAGACUAUGUUAAACAGCAUCGUUUGACCCUUUUGACCCCUCUCUACGGGGUGCUGCUGCUACCUGUACGAAUUAAAACGACUUGACUGUUUAUGCGCCAACGUUAUGGAAAAUAUUCAGCCACUCUGGACUCUAUGUCCCGUUGUACGCUGGGGCCAAACUCCUGCAGAUCCACGGCUCAGUCUCAUCUGAAACGGACAGGAGACACCACUUUAGGGACGAUGGACAUCGAGAACGGUGACCGUGAGGACUCAAGGACUUGUGUGCUUGUUCAUAAGGUUAUUUAAUGAUGCUUAAGGGUACAACAAUGUGCAUCUUGGGUUCUGAAUGUAGAUUUUAUAGCAUUAUGUAGAACGAAUGUUUAUUAUUAUAACUGUUGUUGUACCUAUUCUUUAGAGCUCUGUAUUCAGAGUAAAGCUUGUAAAGAAACCUGACGUCUUUGCCAGCUUCACAUCCAAACCACGGACAGAUGGAGAGCCGGCACGCUGCGGUCAGGAGGGGUUUGUUCAGCGAAGCAGGAUGAUCGGAUCCAGAAAAGUCAUCUUGUGUUUUAGGCAUUCUGUUCUCAAAAUAAAACUCCUGGAACCAAAGACAACUUUAUGUCAAAUAAAAGUGUAAUGGUUUG